AUGGCUUUUGUUACUUUGUUGAAUUUGUUCCUUGCUUUAGCUGUCGCUCAAGUAGUUAGCAUCUUCUACACACUCUUUUCCCGAAGCUUGCUCUCGCCGCUGGCAAACAUACCUGGACCACGCCUUGCGCCACUGACAAGCUGGUAUGAGUGCUACUACGAUGUUUUCAAGCCCGGCCAAUACGUGUUCAAAAUCAAGCAGCUACACGAGAAAUAUGGUCCAAUCGUUCGCAUCACACCUCGAGAAGUCUCCAUAUCUGAUGUUGAAUUUUUGAAUACGAUAUAUGCACCAAGACCGCACUUUAAGCGGAACAAAGAUUUCGAGAAAGUCAAGGCACUCGGUAUCAACACUUCAAUCGGAGCCGCGGUUGACCAUGACCUCCAUCGCAAAAGACGGGAAUCGCUUAAUCCCUUCUUCUCCAAAAAAAGCGUGUUGAAUUUUGCGCCGCAAAUACAAAACAAAAUCUCUCAGUUAGACGAAAUCUUCUCCGUCAGCCAAAACACGGGCGACGUGAAUGUACUUGCGAAUCCUGAUCGCGCGGCAAGCAUGGGGAGUAAUGUAGCGGGUGUAUUGAGGGGCGUUAAGUUCAGUCUUCAUUUUUCUUGGGUGCGAACAGUGGUUCGCAUGCUUCCACCCAGUUUGUCAGGCCGUUGGAUUCCGCAAGGCGUUAAAGAUAUGUUAAAGUUUAGACAGAUAAUCCGCCAGGAAGUACAACAGGCACUGGACAGUAAAGCUGGCAAUGAGAACCACCAUUCAGUGUUCGUCGAGCUCAGAGAUAGCCCGACACUUCCGGCCUCUGAAAAGACGGUGCAGAGACUUGAGGAUGAAGCAACUCUACUUGUCAUGGCUGGUACUGAAUCAACCGCGAAAUCAAUCAGCAUAGCACACUACCACCUCCUCGCAAACCCAGAGAUCAUGACCAAGCUCCGUACUGAGCUCUCAGCAAACCCCAAUGCAAGCCUCACAGACCUAGACCAAAUUCCAUACCUCCACGCCAUUGCCCUCGAAGCAAACCGCCUCUCCUUCGGCCUUACAGGCCGCAAUCCCCGCAUCUCCCCAUCCGAAACCCUCUCCUACACCAACCCCUCCUCACAAAAAACCUACGACCUCCCCCCCGGAACACCUAUCAGCACAUCCACUCUCCUCGUCCACACCAACGAGUCCAUAUUCAACUCCCCCUGGACUUUCAACCCUGAUCGCUGGCUCGGACAAGGCAUCGAGAAUAAGAAGUACAUGUUGGCGUUUAGUAAGGGACCCAGACAGUGUAUUGGUAUGCAUUUAGCGGAUGCGGAGCUGGUGAUGGCGAUUAAGGAGAUGUCGAGGUGGGAUAUGGAGUUGGUGGGUACGGAUGAAAAAGAUGUGAGGUUUUUGCACGACUAUCACGUUGCGACGCCAAGGUUGGAUUCUUUGGGCGUUAGGGUGAGUGUAAUUGGGAAGGUGGGCUAG